AUGCUGCUUGAACCAGAACACCGCGACCAUCUCGGCGCGUUCCUGAAAGCGCCCAAGUCCGGCAAGAAGUGCUGGGUUGGCUUCUUCAGCUGCCCGCAGAGCAACUGGGUUGGGACUGGAAACGCAUACAAGAGUGCCGACUGGCACUGCUUCGCGGUGCUGAUAAUCUCGGACGAGCGCUGCGGCAAACAACUGCUGCUGUACGACAACGAUGUCAAGGCGGGCGUGACAACGAGCUCCCGCAUCUCGGCUGUGAUCUGGGGCCUGCAGAAGAAUCUCUGGACGGCUGUGCAGAAGAUGGGACGCUUCACGCUUUGGUACUCGACGGACCAGAGCAAAGCCGGAACCAACAAAUGUCUACGAUAUUCCCUUGAACAGGUUCAUCGGUGGUCUGAGCUGAAGGACGAAACCCUCCAGACUAAGAGAGACCUCCGCCUAACGUGA